AUGGUUGAUACUGGAUCCACCAUCUCCGCUAUCAAUGCUGCAUAUUUAAAACAACUCAAUAUGAACCAACAUAUAUAUUCAACGACAACAUCUUGUAAAACAGCUAACAAUGGGCAAUUACACAUAUCUGGUUUAAUCGUAUUACCUUUCUCAAUUAAUAAUAUGCAAAUGGAAAUGAAUAUAUUCGUCAUUGAAGAUCUAUGUGCAGAUUUAUUAUUGGGAGGAGAUUUUUGUGACAAGUACAAUAUUAACAUCGAUUACAGAAGAAAACAUCUUACCAUCGCUUUACAUCACCAACAAGCAACAGUAAAAUUUUUACAACAUCAACAAGGUGAUCAAUUGUACAAUGUCAAAACUAUGGUCGAUAUUACUAUUCCACCUUUAUCAGCAAAGGUUAUUCAAGCGUCAACAACUGCACCAUCAAUGUCAGCGUUAUUCAUUCCAUCAUCAAAAUCAUUGAACGAACAACAUGUUGUCGCUCCACAUGCUAUUUUAAUGAUCAACAACGAUAGUACUACAACAUUGACAUUGUUGAAUAUGACCACAUCAAUGCAAACUAUUCCUAAAGGGACUAACAUUCGUUCUGUUGUUACAUAUACAUAUAUGACAUAUCGUGUGAUUCAUCUUCUUCUAUAUAUGUUCUCGUUCUUUUCUCUAUCGUUCAUGGAUUUUUCCUUUAGUUAUGUUAUAUGGAUUUCUCCUCUUCUAUCAUCUAUCUAUGUGACGCUAUAUGUUAUGGGACUUUUCCUCAUCUUGUUCCCUUGAUCUCAUGUUGGACAUUUCCCUUACAGGGUGUUCCACCAUCCUAUAUAUAGCGUGUGCUUUUAUACGAAUAAACAGAGAGGAUUAUCAUCUUCAUCUUUUCAUCCUCACA